UACGCUAUAGGCUCUGUCUCAUUUAUUUGAUAACAAAGAGUACUUUAAUACAUAAUUUGAUGAAUAGCUAACAAGACAUUACGUGUGCGUGUUUAAAAUUCUUUAUUGAAAAUAAAUAAAUGGCAAAUUAUAGUGAACGAUUUAUAGAUUGUGGUUUGUGAAAUUUUCAUUGAUUUUCCCUAUUGGAAAAGCAUAACUGAUAAACCUUCAUAAUUGCUUGUUGUUACCGAAACCUAUUGCUACUUGGGUCUUACAUAAAAUUAAGACCGCCGCAACUGAUUGUUUGUGAAUAAAAAAGGAACUCAUUUAUCGUACACAUAGUAUACCAGCCUGUUGGGAUUUAACAUGGUCAACGCGCAUUCCGUAGAAAUCAAUAAUAUAUUGUUGCAAAAUAUCUACGGUUUACAUAAUACUGUUCAAAACAUUUUACGCCGAACACAGUAUUAUUGUAUGUGUUAUUGCACGAGAAAAGAAAAUAUAGAGAAGUUUAAGAGAGUUUUAUUCACAAGACACUUAAAUAUGACUUCCACUGUGAAACUGUCUUGGACGGGAGCUUAAAGGUUUAAGAUUUCAAUAGGAGCUCGUGACGAGUUCAACAAAUUCUAUUCAAAAUGGUUGCUCAAAAGAUCAACGUCUGUCCGCGUCGAGGAGACGAUAUCGGAAAUCAAUACGAUCCAAACAUCGAAAGACAUGGUUUUUUCCCAAACGAGUCACAAGACUCGCAGUCAUUUGAAAGUGGUAGAAAUAGAUCGUUUAAAGUCCGAAAAGAACCAACAGGUGAACGGUCCUUACGGAGUUGUGACCGACCUAAGAACGGAAUCAGCAUCUUCAUCGCCAGUGCCAACAACCAGCAGCUAUUCAGAGGAAUUUCUGAAACCGGAGCCCGUAUUCCAGAGUACAAUGUUCCACGAUUCGGAUGCAGAAUUCUUCCAAGAUCUGAUUCAGUGGUGCGACGCACCUACCGAACAAGUAGUAGUACAGUCCAUUGAUCCAGCAAAAACAACACAAACAAGGGCACACAACACUGACACACUGCACACACAAUUCUCACCGCAAGGUUGGGAUGUAUUCGACGCUAACUCUCCAAUAACACAAGCGGGCUUAUACAACCCAACGCCACCCAGCUACCCCGUGUCGCCGAAUGCGGACGGGAUGGCGACUUUCAAUACAGAUCUUUUCGGUCCCGCUAGUUUCAUGGGCGAGGACAAGGUGGUCCCGUUCCAAGAACAAUUUUUAGAUAUAGAUAAAUUACCUGUGGUGAUAGGUGAAUUAGCGUCAGAGACCGCAGCCGACGCGAAUCCUUGGCAAACGACCUCGGAGCCCGUCUGGCACACCACACACGAUAUGAAUUACAUGAAACCACAUACAAACAUACACAACACAAUGCCCUUCAUCGAUCAAGAGGACUCUCUGGACAUGAAAUUCAUGUCCGUCAUACCCCGGGAGGUAGAGAGGAACGACGUAGUGAUAUCGGAGUACGUAAUCAACGACGUUCAGGACGUUAUGUGCGACGGGCCGGCGGGGCGCCGCGCCGCGCCGCUGUCGGUGGACGUGGCGCGCCAGCACUGGCCCGCUGACGUCAUCAGCACCCCCGAGGUGCUUACCUUCGUCGAGCAGUUGGAGAAGGAGAAGUGUCCGCUCAUGGCAUCGACGCCGAUUUCACCACCAGAGCAUGACGCAUCACCUAGCUGUGCGAAAAUUGGUAAUUCCCCAGUAGUUGAAUAUGAACCCAUAACACCUAAGAGCGAGCCUCAGUUAGACUCGGAGGAGGACAGCAAAUCCAACGCGAGCAAGAGGCGGCGCCACGACAGCGAGGAGUCAGACGAAACGUACACACCGUACACGGAGCAAACGCCGCGGAAGUACAAGAGGAGAAAGCCGAGCAUACCCAUAAAGGAUAUGAUACGCGCGCUGGAAGGGUCACAGCAGCUGACGAAGGCGCGCCGCGGCCGCCCGCCCAAGCGGCGGGAGAGCACCGUCUCCAACGUGAGCGAGAACUCCUCGUCUGUUUCCACGCACGAGACGAAGUACAGAGAGCUGAGAGACAAGAACAAUGAGGCUUCGAAGAGAUCUCGAAUGAACAGGAAGCUGAAGGAGCUACAGAUGGAACAGUUGGCCGAGGAAUUAGAAGAACGAAAUAAAAAAUUAAGGGUGCAGGCCGACUUGCUCGAAGAGAGAACGAAACAGUUGCGGGAAGCGUUUAUGGCUGCGGUUGCGCAACAUAAAGUCGGUUAAUACUGUUGAAGGAAUUUCCUCGGCUUCAAAUUGAUACAAUUGUCAUCUAAACCCAUGGAUCUUGCGCUUGCGUAUUGAAAUUGUGUUUAUAGCUUUAAUGUGAGCAUUAGAUAUUAGUUUUAAACACUUGCCAUGGAUGUUUUGUUCCGAUCUUAGCUACCAUGUUAUUAUUUAUUGUGCUUUACUUAAAAGUUAAAACUCGGAUAUGACAUUUUAAUACAGGAUUUGACUAUAGAAUUUAAGAAUUAAUUUUUAAGCCUAAAGUAACUUAACACUUUGUUAUAUUUUUAUCAAAAAGUGUUAAAAUCUUGAUUUUAUGUUUGUUAGUCUUUAUUCAUCGAAGCUUAACACGGCUCGACAUUAAUCUUAAAAGUUUAAAAUAUAAAUCAUACAAUUAAUAUUAAUUAAUCUUCAAUUGGUUAGGUUUUUGAAAUAAUGCAUGGUAAUUGAUCGCGGUAGACUUUAAUGUUUUUAUGUUGUACUUGCAAUAAAAGAUUUCAACUUGUUGAA